AUGUCGUCCCCCUCUCAAAACCAACUAUGGAAUCCAACCUGUGGCAUCCGGUUCUCUCCGAGGAGCAAAACCCCUCCCCUCUACCCCCUCCUAGAUGUGCCUCGAUUUCUCCAUGCCACAAACUUCAACGCCAGAAAUUCCGUCCAACCCAUUGAUGUUGGUUUGGAGGAUUUUGGCGACGAUGAGCAGUUCGAACUUGAUGCUGCCGAAUGGUUCGAUCAACAAGAUGUACUGGCGUCCGCGGCGCGGCUAGCACAAGGCAUCCAAGACCCCCAGAAACCCCAGAAACCCGAGGAUAUCACAAAAGUGACAAGUGAUCCUUCUACUGAAACAAAGGACAAUGCCAAGACGGAAAAGGAAGUUCUCCCCCCACUGACUUCCCUGGACUACAACAUCUCCUCUGAGCUAUUCCAAGCUGCUCGGAAGAAGAAAGAGGGCACCCUUGGAUCCUUCUGGUCUCAUGACAUGUACCAACGCAUCCACAGUGAUGGUUCAGUUCAGAAGGUGAAAGUCCACUACUGCACGAGCAAACACAGCAUGGAACACGUCUGCCAGCAGUAUUUCCUAGGCGAGAAGGUGCUCGGAUUCGACCUAGAAUGGAUGGCUUAUGUGACAAAAGCUGCGGGGCCUCGCCAAAACGUCUCUCUCAUCCAAAUCGCGAGUCCCAGCCGCAUAGCCCUCUUUCACGUCGCCCUGUUUAUUAAAGACGACUUUAUUGGCCCGAUAUUCCGACAGAUUAUGGAAGAUGAGGGCGUGACUAAAGCCGGCGUAAACAUCCAGGGCGACUGCACAAGGCUCAAGACUUUUUUCGACAUCGAGACAAAGGGCAUCUUCGAGCUUAGCCAUCUCUACAAAGUUGUCAAAUACUCAAAAGAGAACAAGUUGAAUAUUGUCAACAGGGUUCCUGUUGCUAUGGCUGUCCAGGUACAGGAUUGUCUUCGUCUUCCCUUGUAUAAGGGGCCAUCAGUCCGCACAAGCAACUGGAUGAAGGCCCUGAAUGCUGCCCAGAUAUCGUAUUCCGCUUCAGAUGCCUACGCUGGGAUUCAGCUAUACCACGUUUUGGAACAGGAGCGAGAGAAUCUCGACCCGUGUCCUCCGCGACCAGAGUUCGCUGAGAAACGCCUGCCAAUCAAAAUGGCGGAGGUGGUCGAUAUCGAUGACGGCGCGGAGAUCGAUCUGUCCAUCACAGAGGUUGAAGAUGCGCCGGAACUUGUGGCUGAAGCAAAAAAGCCCCAAGAAAUCAUCGCAGUCCCUAAACCAAAGACAAAACUGAAAGAAAGGGACUCUCGCAUCACUGCUGCCGAUGUCGAACUCGAAUUAUACCGCUCACGGAAGAACAAACAACUCUCAGUGUCCCCCUCUGCCCUCCGUACCUACUACAUCUGGCACGGUAAUAAAAAUCUCAAACCCGAAUCUAUCGCCAAACUUCUACGCGAACCGCCUCUAAAAACGAACACAGUCGUGACGUAUAUACUUGACGCCAUCGCUUUUGAGAAGUUACCAUUCUCUAAGGAGCGACUGAGAAGCGAAGUUUUAUCCUUUCUCUCGGCGAACUCGUUUCUUCAGGGAAAGUACAAAGCGCUGAUGCAGGAGGCCCAGAUGGCGAAGGAGACUUGA